UACAAUGAUUUAAAUACAGACAGAGAGGGAAGGUGCGAGAGACAGGAGAGUGUGCAUUGUAGACUGCCACACGGUGGAGCAAAGCCUGACCAAACUUUUUUCUUUUUUCUUUUUUUAAAUUUUCUAACUCCCCCUCCCCCUGAACUGAGACACAAAGUUUUGACAUCCCCAACAAACAAACUAUUUAUUAUCCAACUUUCCUGCUUGGCUUUACUUUUUCCUCUUGGUCCUAUUUCUUCUAAAGCAACAAGUGUUGCAGCUUGAAGCGACACUUGUCUGUAAAUUUCAACACACACACUCUUUAAAAAAAAAGAAAGAAAGAAAGAAAAAAAGAAAGAAAUGCCAACGACAUAUUAGCUGCUGUUCAGAGCACUGUGGCCGCCCAGUGUGCCACCGCCGUGACACCGGACUGCGAUGAUCGUGUCCAACGUGAGCCUGAGCGGCUGCGCGGGGGUCAACAGCGCUCAGUGUGCCGGAGCCGGGGAAGGGCACCUGGGGGGCGGCUCAUACCGGACCACCCUCACCCCGACAGGGAACCUGCUGGUGGCUGUGUGCCUGGGCUUCAUCGGCACUUUUGGACUUCUGAACAACCUACUGGUGCUCGUGCUCUUCUGCCGCUACAAGAUGCUGCGGUCGCCCAUCAACCUGCUCCUGAUUAACAUUUCCAUCAGCGACCUGCUGGUGUGCGUACUGGGGACUCCGUUCAGCUUCGCGGCCAGCACGCAGGGACGGUGGCUCAUAGGAGAAGGAGGAUGCGUGUGGUACGGCUUCGCCAACUCCCUGUUUGGCAUCGUGUCCCUCAUCUCCCUGGCCGUCCUCUCCUAUGAGCGCUACAGCACCAUGAUGGCCCCCACUGAGGCAGACCCCUCCAACUACCGUAAGAUCUCCCUGGGCAUCGCCCUGUCCUGGGUCUACUCCCUCAUCUGGACUUUGCCGCCGCUCUUAGGUUGGAGCCACUAUGGCCCCGAAGGUCCCGGGACCACAUGCUCUGUCGACUGGACGGCCAAGACAGCGAAUAACAUCUCUUACAUCAUCUGCCUGUUUGUGUUCUGCCUCAUCGUGCCGUUCCUGGUGAUCGUGUUCUGUUAUGGGAAGCUGCUGUGCGCCAUCAGACAGGUGAGCGGGAUCAAUGCAUCGAUGAGCAGGAAACGUGAGCAGCGUGUGUUAUUCAUGGUGGUGGUUAUGGUGAUCUGCUACCUCUUGUGCUGGCUGCCGUACGGUAUCAUGGCCCUGCUGGCCACCUUCGGGCCACCGGGCCUGGUCACGCCCGAGGCGAGCAUCAUCCCCUCAGUCCUGGCCAAGACGAGCACGGUCAUCAACCCGAUCAUCUAUGUCUUCAUGAAUAAACAGUUUUACAGAUGCUUCCAAGGCCUUCUGCAUUGUGACACUCCUCAACGAGGCUCCAGCUUAAAGAGCUCCUCCAAGGUCGUCACCAAGGCCAUGAGAGGUCAAACACUCAACGGUCCCCGACGUACCAAUGACUUCCUAUUUAUGGUAGCAUCCCUGGGUCAACCAGCCACCACACUGCCCCAGCUGGGUGCCUCCUGUGAACCCACAAACGACAUCACUAAAGCCCCUUCUUCAGAGAUCAAACCUGUCGUAGUAUCACUGGUGGCCCACUUUGAUGGCUGAUGAUCGAGGGAUUUUUUAUGGUUAUAUCCAAUGUCCCCAGACAGGAAGUCAUGAAUAAUGAGAGAGGUGGUGUUACUGAAGCUUAGAGAGCAGCAGUCCAAGUGGACUGCCAGCACAAGUGGAUUUAACACGGCUGUUAACAUCAACUCUGCACCGACGAGUAAAGAUGAUGGACCUGUUACAAAGGGAUAUCUUAAGACUGCCUCCGGACAAUCUGAGGCGGUCAACCUGCAGCUGAUGGGAGUGUUUCUCUGCAGAAAAAGAAAGAAUACAUCUGUCUUGCUAAGAGUGAGCAUUUGAAGGAUGCUCUUGUCAGGAUUUUUGGAGGAAGCACUGUAAGACUGUUAUGGUAAUACAAAAUGUAUUGAUUGGUUACUGAAUGUGGUUACAAAGUGAGGUUGAGAAACACAUGUUGUUUAUAACCCCAUGCAUUUUGAAGUCUUUCCUAGAGUAGACAAGAUUGAAAAAAGAAAAAAGAAAAAAAAGAAAAGAAAAAACUGAGUAGGCAGAGUAAUGAGAAUGUACUGGUAAUGAUUUUAAACUAAACUUUUGCUUUGAUCCCCUUUCACUAAAUUGCAUUUCAAUAAUCACUUUGAAAUGCAUAAGUGGUUUUUAAUUAAGUGGUUUAAUAAGUGGUUUGUUGUACAUGUAGCAUUGCUAGCAUGCUAGCGACAGUCACAUAUAUUUUUCGGGGAUAGUGACUUUAUGGUCAAAGAAAUAGGUGCAUGUUGAAGAGUUACUGUAUAGUUCCUUCAAUAAUGACUCUGCAUGCAAACUGUUGCAGUUUAAUGUGCAAAUGAGGUCGAAGAAAUGCAAUGUCUGGUAAUGUUCAGAGGAUAGGCAAAGGCACAAAUCUUGGCAAUGGGUGCCUCCCUGAGCCGAUUUCUUCAUGGUUUUCAAUUACACAUUUCCACAUGUACAUACAGCUGUGAAAUCUUUUGUUGUUGUUGUCCUGGAUUUGGUCAAACCCAAAGUGCAGGGUGUCCCGUGUAUUUAAAAGUGAUUGAGGUCACAGGCCCUUUGAUGUGACAGAGUGAACCUCAAACAUCCUUGAAAUUGUCAACAGUUCAGUGCCUUGCUCAUGAGCACAGUGCAUGUGGACAGGUACCAGCCUCUUCUCAUAAUAUUCAAACUACUUGCUUUCAUAAAAGUCACUCUAAUGUGUUUAACACUCUCAAUAAUUCAACUCAAUAAUUGUCGUCAUCUCUGAAAAUACAAAAGUACCAACAACUGAAAGAACAAUUCUUCUAAAGUUUCCCAGAACAUAACAAAGGACUUUAUCCGAGGCAACAACAUCUGUUAGAUGGAAUAAGUUUGUUGUGUAUAUUUUUUUCAAUGUGCUCGUCUGCAUCUUGUUAAAUUUUUUGAUAACUGAUUUCAUACUUUUUCCCUCUUGCAAUACAAAGAUAAAAGUUUCUGAGAGCAGUGCAUCAGUGCUGUGUUGUCAGUGAAUGUCUAAACUAUAAGUGGUGUGGUACAUUUCUGUACUGCAUACAAUCAGUGUGUGCAAUUUUUUUGUAAUUCACGUUAAGCACACAACUGUUUUCUAUGUGCUGUCGAGAUCUUGGAUAGAUUAAUGUACAUGAGUUGAUACCAAAGCUAAAGGAAUUUUAAUAUCUUUUGAGAAGUGUUGUUCAAUAAAAGGUUUUUUUUUUUAUCUAAAUUGCUGUGCUGUGCU